AUCUUUGUCGACGUUACCCUCUCUAACCUCACUUUCAAUCUCCGAUCGACGCCAAACUUAGAGCGUUACCAAUUUCGCCGGAGAAGAUGCAGCAGAGAAAGCCGACGGCCGGAAGACCUAGUGGUACCGAUGGAUCCGAUUUCUCAUACCGCAUGGUCGUUGACUCUCGUUACACCAAGGUCACUCAAGAGAAAGCUCGUCUCCGUCCUUUGAUCUUUGUUCAGGCUGCGAUUUAUUUAAUCGGACUAGCGUGUGCGUUUCUGACAACAACUAAAAAGGAUGAGAUGAACACCCUUCCAAUUGCAGCUGCUGCUGCUGGCUUUGUGUCUUCAUUGAUAGGAGAAUUAGGUUGUAGACGCAGCAGAGUAAACCUUUUGAGGCUCUAUACGGCUGCAUCUACCAUUGUUAUGGUUCUUUCGGUGUUUUGUGCUGUUAGGAGCAGAUUAACGAUGGAGGAACGGAAUAGCUCAGGAACAACAGCGAAGCUUGAGCUCGUAGGGUUCAUUAGUGCUCAAUUAGGAGCAGUGGUGCAGAUAUUAGUGAUCAUCGUGACGGGUUCCCUUGUCAAUAACAUGUCUCCACCUACGAAAGCAGAAUAGGGAUUACAGAGAAUUUGGGUUCUGUCGUGCGUAAUUCUCCUACAUGAAGAAAUUUGAAAUUUUGAACCGUUUAGUUUUCUCCACUACAUGAAUAGUUGUAAAACUCUUGUUAAAAAUUAUUCAUAACGUUUUCAAUUAACCAUUCAAAAACACAUUAUUGAUA